GAAGACUUCUGAACCCUUGGAUGACUGACCAACACGAUUUCCACCACUCCCAGCAGAAUUUUCAUACCUUCGGAAAAGGUGCUGUCCCCGCGGCCUUUAUUCUCGGGCGGUUUUGUGCGUCGGUUCUGCCUUCCCCAGGGGAUCCAGGAACGACGCAGGUACUGUAUCCUCCAAGGCAGCAAUCACUGACUAUGGCCUCUUGGGUUUUGAGGAUGCUUCCUAGGAAUGGCCGUUCCUUGGCGACAUCAUCAGAGAACCAGCGAGUUGGGGAUUAUCUUCGUCACCAUGAGGCCUAUGGGUACUUCUUGCCCAUCCAGACGAGGUGGCAGGACAACGACCAGUACGGCCACGUGAACAAUGUCGUGUACUACAGCUACUUCGACACCAUUGUCAACCACUACCUGAUCAGGUACUGCGGCCUGAAAACCGGCUUGCUGACGUCCCCCAUGGUGGGCUUCAUGGUGACCAAUCGCUGCACCUUCCACGCCCCCGUGGGCUUCCCUCAGGUCCCCGUGGCAGCCCUGGCCGUGGAGAAAGUGGGCCGCUCCAGUGUGCACUAUCGCCUUGCCCUGUUUCCCCCCAAGCCCACCCAGGAGCCACCCCCGGGAGAUCACCACGACCUCGCGGACGGCUUUUUCUUUGGCCACCCCAAGCUGGCGCAGUUUGACGCUUUGGCCUGCACCACCGGGUCCUCUGUCCACGUUUUCGUGAAUCCAGCCACCAGCAAGCCCACGGCCCUUCCAGAAGACUUCAGGAGGGGCCUCCUGAGGCUGAUGAGGCCGGCGCCCGUGUGAACUGUCUGUACGUGGAAUUGUGCCUGUCAGAGAAUAAAGUUUAGGUUACUCUCUAAA